AUGGUAAAAAGGAUAGAAGUGGGACAUAUAAAAACAAACAGCCCACGGGUAACUGUAAAUAUUGAAGGUGUAGAUGUUGUUGGUUUGUGUGAUACCGGGGCAGAAGUUUCUUUAAUUAGUUCUGAAGUUUAUGAAUACUAUUUGCGACCAGGUUGGAUAAAGCUGCAACCAGUUAAAAUUAGCAUUAGGUCAGUGGGUGGUGGUGUAGUACCGUGUAGAGGUAGUAUAAAAGUUACUAUUGAAAUCUGUGGGGCAAAGGUUGAUGCAGUAUUCUUGAUUUGUGAUAGAGUGGGGGAGAGCUACAGUUGUUUGUUAGGCAUUGAUGUGUUGUCAAAGGUGGCAGAGGUAUGGCCGGUAAUGUACAAUCUAUGUAAAGCAAGUGUUAACUGGGAAGAGUGGAAAGACUAUAUUAGCGAUGUGAGGGCACUCCGCAAGUUAUAUUUAAAUGAAGACUGGGGAUUUGCAUUAACCGGGAAAGCACAAAUGCCGGUAAUUCCGCCAUCUAGUAUGAGACUGGUGCCAGUCUGGAUCCCGCAAUUAAGGCAGGUAAAAAGCCAGGUGGUGUUGAUUGAGCCAUUGACAGAAGAACAGGAAGGAUGGGUUCCUGAGGGUGUAGUAACGCUGCCUGCUAUGGUCCUUAUAAAGAGUGGGAAGGGAUAUACGCUAGUAGCAAACCUAUCUAAAACAACUUGUAAAUUAAGAAGGAAUUGGCGGAUAGGCAAAGUUGCAAGAGCAGAGGAAAUAGAAGAGAAGGAAGUUCAACACUGCAGCGUCAAUCUGAUAAAUGAAAAGUUGCCUGAAGUAAAAAUCAUUGAUGACCAUUUAACAAUAAACCAAAAGGAGGGUGUAAUGAGACUUUUAGAAGAAUAUAGGACGCGAAUACCACCUAAUCAAGUUCCGGAGGUAAAAGAACACAUCGAAAAGUUAUGCAAACAAGGGGUGAUUGUGCCGAGCAUGCAGGGUAUCACCAAAUACAAGUACACCCAAAAGAUCAGCAUAAAACUGCAUUCAGCACACCUUUCGGCCAUUAUGAAUUUAAAAGAUUGCCAAUGGGAUUAUCGAACAGUCCAAGCACGUUUCAGCGUUACAUGGAAAGGAUUCUGGGAGACAAUUUUUGCUACAUUACUGGUAUAUUUAGAUGACGUAAUUGUGUUUAGCAAAACGGUUGAGGAACAUAUUGUUAGGUUAAGGGAUCUGCUUGAAAGAAUGCGGACACAUGGCCUUAAACUUAAACCUAAAAAGUGUACGCUCUUUGCAUCAAAAGUGACAUAUUUAGGAUAUCAGGUUUCGGAAGAGGGCAUGACGACAGACCCAGCGAAAGUAGCAGCAGUUAAGUCGUGGCCUCUGCCGAAAACUGUCAGAGAUGUGAGAGCAUUCAUUGGAUUCUGUUCAUUUUACAGAAAAUUUGUGAAACACUUUCCACAAAAGGCAGCACCACUACAUGCUCUUAUGUCAGGAGAUUCACGGAGAUCCAUUGUCGGGGAAUGGGAUAAAUGUCAGAGCGCGUUUGAGGAUUUAAAGGCAAUGUUAAUUACAGCUCCUGUUUUAAAAUGUCCUGAUUUCACGAAGGAAUUCAUCUUAGAAACUGAUGCCAGUUUUAAGGGAUUAGGAGCCGUGCUAUCACAGAAGCACGAGGGGAAGAUUCAUCCAGUAUGUUAUGCAGUAGAGGUCUAA